AGCCAAACAACAAUUAGAGCCUGUGUGAUAAUACAGCUUUAGGAUACAGGAACAACUUCCCUAAAACAGCGAUAAUAAAGACAGCAGCCAUGUCUGUGAAUUAUGCUGCAGGUCUCUCGCCGUAUGCAGACAAAGGAGUGUGUGGACUCCCCGAGGCUUUUGACAGUCCUGAGGAGCUAAAGGUGAAGGUGGAGACCCUCGCUCAGUUGGUAAAAGAAUGUCAGUACUUGGUUGUCCACUCUGGAGCAGGAAUCAGCACCUCAGCCGGCAUCCCUGACUUCAGGGGUCCAAAAGGUGUGUGGACGUUAGAAGAAAAGGGUGAGUCACCUCACUUUGACACCACAUUUGAAGAUGCCCGACCCAGCUUGACUCACAUGGCCCUCCUGGGACUGCAGAGGGCCGGCUACCUCAAGUAUCUCAUCAGCCAGAAUGUGGACGGCCUACAUGUCCGAUCAGGGUUCCCCAGGGAUGUGUUAUCAGAGCUCCAUGGAAACAUGUUCGUGGAGGAGUGCGAGAAGUGUGGCAGGCAGUAUGUCAGAGAAAAAGUGAUCGGUGUGAUGGGACUGAAACCAACAGGUCGUCUCUGCGAUGUGGUACGAUCCAGGGGACUUAGAGCCUGCAGAGGAAAGCUGAUAAGCACUAUACUGGACUGGGAGGAUGCUCUUCCUGACAGAGACCUGAACAAAGCAGAGGAUGCAAGCAGGCAAGCCGACCUGGCACUGACGCUUGGCACCUCCCUGCAGAUCAAACCCAGUGGAAACCUUCCACUUCUCACCAAACGCAAAGGAGGGAAAUUGGCCGUCGUCAACCUGCAGCCCACGAAACACGACAAGCAUGCACACCUGCGUAUCCAUAGUUACGUGGACGAGGUCAUGAAACAGCUAAUGGAGCUGCUGGGAUUGGACAUCCCAAAGUGGGAGGGUCCGACUGUCUGUGAGAGCUCCAAAGCCACCUCUGAAUCCACCACCGAAGUCAAACCACGACGUGCAGUUAAAGCAGAGAAGAAGGUGAAAAGGGACCUGAUCAAGGAGGAGAGAAAAAGAGACGCAACGGCGCUAAAGGACGAUGGCAGUGUUAAGGAGGAGACGGUCUCUGUAAAGAGGGAGAGAGCGGACUCCCCAGUGGAGAUAAAAGAAGAGAAAUAGCCUCAGGUAUUUUCUCUCACUUCAACUUCACAACACAAACCCGUCCAGAAAUAAACUUUACAACAAAAGGGACUUGGUUUGAUUAGUUUCAGAGUACAAAGGUUCUUCUGAUCUUACACCCUCGGGCGCAAAGACUCUAAUACUGCGGUGGUUUUGUUAAUCCAAUAUUUUUUUUACAUCACUUUACAGCCACGAUGCACAGCAAUAUGAAACUGACUCCCUAGCUGAAGGCUCAAAAGUUGACCACCUCCUGAAGCAAAAUGAUAUACAUGAUUGUGUCCAGGGUAAAAGGAUGACUCCUCAUUAGGUGGAUGUUUGAAUGGUGUUUUUCUUUAAAAUUUCUGGUCAAACAAAAUGCUGUAAAAGUACAUUUACCAAUACAUUGCCCAACUUUGGACUUUAUUUUACUUUAAGAACCAGUCUUUAACAGACAAGACAGCGGGAUGAGAUCUGGAGCACACAGUUAUAAAUAAAGCUUCUAAUAAGGUGUGUAAGGUUGUUGCAGCUUUAUUUAUAACAGUGCGUUCCAGAUCUUGUCCCUACAGAUUUAGCCUUUAAAGACACCUUGGUUCAAUACUUCACGAGAAUAGUUAUCAGGUGAGCGUCUCUAAGUCCGACUAACUAGUAGUCUCAUACAACUGUGGGAAAUUUUAGGUUAAAGCUGUGCUUCUCUCAUUGUACAAUUUAAUUCCCUUCCUCUGGCAAGAUGUAUAAUUCCACAUUAAUGGAGCGCCUACUGCUGCAUGGCUAUAAAUGGACCAUAAUCACACUGUACGUUUCUUGGUAAAUGUUUUUAUCUCUUAAACAUUGUACUCUGAGGGGGGAAAAGUCACUUUACUGUUUUUUUUUAAUAUAUAUAUACAUGACUUUUGGAAAUAAACACAAUAAGA